AUGGUCAGGGCAGAUCUCACACUACGACAUAUAAAGACACAAAGACCCAGGAGGCACUUUGUUGGUAAGUUGAGUAUUCAAAACCUAAAAGAAGCUGCAAAUAAACUGACUGAAAGAUUUGCAGACUUUGAGAAAGAAACCAAGAACCUAGAUAUUCAACAGAAAUACGACUGGUUUGAGACUUCAAUCAAACUAGCAAAAAGUACCUGCACUAAUAAAGAAAAGAAGAAAAGCUAUUUAUCAAUAAAAACAAAAAAUCUACUCGAAGCAAGGAAACAAGUAAUCAGUUCCAGAGACACAGAGAAUCGUAGAAAACGCAUAUCAGAGCUGAGUAAAGAUAUAAAACAGAGUAUGAGAAGGGAUAGAAAACAAAACAGAAGAAAAAAAAUAGAAGAGCAAAUCAUUAGAACAGGAGGAACAAAAAAAGCAUAUAAAGAACUGUCAGAAUCAAAAGAUUGGGUCACAAAAGUUAGAAAUGAGAAAGGAAUAGAACAAAAUAGAAGAUCAGACAUAAAAGAUAUUGCUACAUCAUACUAUAAACAAUUAUAUGAGAACACACAAGAAGAACCUGGCGAAGUAAUAGUACUAAACGAUGAUGAGGAUGAGAGCAUACCCUAUAUACUGCAACGAGAGGUAGAAGUAGCAUUACAGUCCCAAAGUAAAGACAAAGCCCCAGGGCCAGAUGGCAUUGAAAAUGAAAUCCUAUUAAUGGCAAAAAAUGUCCUGUUACCAGUUAUCACGAAACUAUUUAAUGAAAUUUUCGCAAACGAAGUUAUCCCGAUACAAUGGACGCAAUCUAAUAUACAUUCGAUGGAGCGAAGCAUGAUGGGAAUCAGGAAAAAGGAUCGAGUCAGGUUAGAAGACAUUAGGAAAAACACAAAGGUUCGGGACAUAGCAACAAAAGUCAGGAAAUUAAAGUGGAAAUGGGCUGGGCAUAUGAGUAGAGGGAAGGAAAAGUGGAGCAGGAAGGUCACAGAAUGGUACCCCAGGAAUGGCAUAAGAAAGAGAGGGAGACCCCGCCAAAGAUGGGAGGACGACCUGGUCAAAUUCGCGGGUGUGACUUGGAACCGGGUUGCCAAGGAUAGAAACGAGUGGAAAAGGUUGGAGGAGGCCUUUGCCGAUUGGCAAUCAGCAGAAGACAAUGUAGAUUUUAUAUGA